GUGAGCUUGUGCUGUUGUAAAUUAUCGAAAAACAAUCCAAUUAUUAUUGUUUAUACGCGAUAUUUUCGGUAAUAUCGUCACCAAUCACAUAUACAUGAAUAAAGAUAAAGAUUUUUGUUUAGUUUCGAUCUCAAACUGUGUAGUUAACGUGUUUUUCUUGUGAAUUUAUACAUUUUAUCCGAAUGUGUAAUCUCGCUUCGACUUAACGUUGGACGGUGGUUGAAAAUGUGAGUUAAAUGUUGUUCUGGUGAACAUUUUUGGUAAAGAACCUUUAUUUUUUGAAGAACUCGUGUAAAAAUGAAGUGGUUAACGUUUCUCAUAUUGUUGCCGGCGUGUUUUGGACAUCUGAAUGUUUAUUUGAGUAGCGCUGAAGUAUGGAGACUAUUGGGUCUAACCGCAGAACUGUUUUACGUGCGUGACGGACAGGUCAACUUCUACGCGCUAAACUUCGUUGUGCCUGUCCCAGCGACCAUAGGGGAGCUGCAUUUCACAUGGCAGAGCCUUACCAGGAGACCAUUGCCGUAUACGUUACACGUGGAUGUAGUAUCAAACAAGGAGGCAUUACACACACCGACAUUCAAUAUAUCAAGCGAGGGCUACGUGCCUACCGAACCGCAAACAUGGCGUGUGGAUUUGCCUUGUACGCGCACAGUCGCAGCCGAAGUCGGCGUCACCAUCUCCCUUAACGUGUCGAACGGUUCCUCGUCCACCGUUCUACAUUUCCGUAGGAGGAAAAUUUGUCUUCUGGAAGCACCUCGGCCAGCUGUUAGGGUGGAUAACGUGCCCCAUUCAGCAACGUCUGCGGAUAUAUUCUACGCUGGAGCUGGUUGCGCUGGUGGUGCAUUAUUAAUAGCUGCUGUCGCCGCCGUCGCCUGUAGGGCCCGAGCGCGGAAACUUCGGAGGACACGCAGCGAUGAACAAGACGCUCACGCAUUCUUACCCGAUUCCUCGUGCAAAUCUGCCGCAAGUUACACAAGCUACCGUCGACCUAACUCCGUCCCAGCCGCAGUCGCUGAGGACAGGGCUAGAGAUUUGCAGCAAAGAAUAGCGGAGUUAACGAUACAGAGGUGUAGAGUGCGAUUGCGAUCGGUGGCGAUGGAAGGGACUUUCGGCAGAGUUUACAGAGGAACGUAUGCGGAUGAAGAUGGCAGGGAACAAGAAGUUCUUGUGAAGACAGUUGCAGAACACGCGUCUCAAGUUCAGGUUUCGCUUCUUCUCCAAGAAGGCUGCAUGCUUUAUGGACUGCACCACGAGCGCGUUCUAUCAGUGCUCGGCGUCAGUAUCGAGGAUCAGACAUCACCAUUCAUCUUGUACCCGUGGAGUACAACUUGGAGGAACCUGAAACAGUUUCUGCUGGCAUGCCGAGGAGUGAAUCUUGGAGUAGCGCCCGGUGGUCCGCCUCCCCCGCCUCUGACCACCCAGCAUGUCGUGAGAAUGGCAUUGCACGCCUUAGACGGCUUGGCGUAUUUACACUCGCAGCACGUACUGCAUAAGGAUAUCGCUGCGAGAAAUUGCAUAGUCGAUGAAAACCUCCGAGUAAUGAUCGCGGAUAACGCGCUAUCCCGAGAUCUGUUUCCUGGGGACUACCAUUGUUUGGGCGACAAUGAAAAUAGGCCAAUCAAAUGGCUGGCCUUGGAAGCUUUGUCAAAGAAACAGUUCAGUCCAUCAGCUGACGUAUGGGCGUUGGGCGUUCUUUUGUGGGAGCUGACAACGUUGGCCCACCAACCCUACGCCGAGGUGGACCCCUUCGAGAUCGGCGCGUAUUUGAGAGACGGGUACAGGUUGCAGCAGCCAGCGAACUGUCCUGAUGAAUUGUUCGCAGUGAUGGCUUACUGUUGGGCAAUGUCGCCCGACGACAGACCAACGUUGCCUCAACUCCAGAUCUUCCUACGAGACUUCCACACGCAACUAACGCGGUUCGUUUAAGACAUUCCUACUAACAAAAGACAAUCCAAAGACGACAAUAAAUUCAUAGAUUCUAUUAGUGAAUUAGUGGAAUAAAACAAGUGAAAACUAGUGCACGAUCCAGAGGCCUUAUGACGUGAAAUAAGUUUCCUUAAAGAAGUCACAGAUCUUAACGCAAAUGUAGAUAUCAUGUUUGGAGAACCUGUAAUAUAUUAUGUAUUAUAUUGUAGUGUGAUAAAAAGCGGGGCACAUGUCUGCUAUUGUAAUUAUGUCGAUCAAUAACAAAGAGUAGAUAGUAAUAAAAUAAAAAACCUGAGAAACGUUUAUUAUUACGUGGAAGAAAUAGUGUUUUUGCAGCAUGUAUUCGAUCAGCAUUGCACGCCUAAAUCUUUCGUUUUAAGUAAAAUAACUUAAUCUUACAGUACAGGUUUGCCUAGUGUUGGUGCUAGUUCUAUUUAUUGUCAAAUGGAUUAAUAUUUUAACAAUCAUCAUCAAUAGCCUAUAACGGUCAAGUGCAGGACCAAAUGCUUCUCCUAACGGGAUACUGUGCCUAUAAACAAUAUGUUGACGGCCGAUUGGCGCAGUGGGCAGCGACCCGGCUUUCUG